AUGAAUUGGUUCGACACUUCGGGGUUUACUAGUCUAGCCAAAAGUGCAUUAAAGGAAGCUCAAAAGACUAUCGACAAAGCCUUAGACAUCCAAGAUGAGAGUGAAGAAGAACAAGAGGGUAGCUCAUCGGUACAACCAGCGAAGAAUAGCUCUCCUGCAAGUGGGACUACGCCUCAAAAGGAUAAAUCAGAUUUUUUUUCUUCUUGGGGACUAACAGUUAGUGGAGAAGAAAGUAAGGAUAGUCCAAUAAAACAACAACCAGUUGUGACUGAGAGCCCAUCUAAGGCAAACUCACAAAGUGUUUGGGGGUCCUUUGCAGGUUCAUUUUUUGAACAGCCUAAGUCAGAUGAAGGCACUAUAAUACGCCCUCCAAAAGCUAAAUCUUUAAAUGUGAUAUCAGAUAAAUAUGACAGCCAAGAUGACUUAUUUUCUAAGAGCCAACUUAUUAUGUCAGAUGGGACUGAAGGUACACACUCAAAAGUAAAUGAAUCAAAGACUGAAGAUAGACGUAAGUCUUCAUUAUCAAAUGCUCUUUCUUUUAUGUCCAGUAGAAACAGUUCAGACUCUGUUGAGGUUUUGUCACAAAGCCUUAAAACAACCCCAGAUUCAGAGGUUUCUUCCUACCAAUCGGCUUCAAAAAGUAGUAGUAUGGGGCUGAAACAUAAUUCUGAAUCUGUAGAAAUUUUACCAGAUAGUUUGAUUAGCCCAAGUUCUAUAGAAUGUCUUGGUUUUGAUAGUUAUUCAAGUGACAAAAAUAGUAGUACUUCUUCGAAUAUAUCUCCCAGUGAUGGAUUAGAUAAAAAAUCUACUCCAGUCGGAGAUCAUUCUGGUAGGGGGGAGACUGCCGACAGUGUAAGUGUAGUGGCUGAUGAUGACGAAGAUACUAUGUCCUAUAAUUCCAUAUCAGAGUGCACGGCUCCAACAGUUCUUGACACAGAUGAAAAGCCAAUUAGCUCUCACCCAAAGAUAACUAGACAUGAUCAAAGAAAAGUAGAAAAGGACCUAUUAAAUGUUGACCCACUUGUAUUGCAAAGAAUGCAAUUAAGUGACAAUUCUAAUGAUGGCACGUGGUCAGAUCGGACCUUGAAUGCUGAUAAUGAUAGUAUAAAUUUAGAAAAUACAACUGACAAACAGAAGGAUGGGGAUCCUGAUGAUAUUUUAAUAGAGAAAUUAAGUGACUCAUCUUCAUUUUAUAAUGUAAAUGUCAGUGGAGAUUUCCUCAGAUCGGAAAGCUCUGCAUUUGUUAACAUAGAGAGACAGGUACAUAGUCCUCCUUUGAGUAAUGAUUCAUCUCAAAAAGACUGCUGUGCAAAAGAACGGACAUCUCCUACGAGUUCAGACAGCAAAAGCGAUUUAGUUAAAAUUGGGUCAGACCGAACAUCAGGCCAUACAUCAGGUGAUGAGGUGGAAACUGCAACAUCUUCUGAUAUAGAAAUCAUACCUAGCCCCAAUGGAGACAACGGUCACAGAAAUAGUCCAGGAAAAUAUCCAUUUAGGCACAAGGCAGAUGGAACUACAUCUCCUAACCUAGUUGAUUUGGUGCUGGGAAAAAAUUUAGCAACCAAAAUUCGCGGUCACACGCCGAGAAUUAUCAGAUGCCUCUAUAAAAAGCAAUAUAAGUGA